UAAUCGAUAUUAAAUAAUCAAUAAUCAAUAAUCAAUAAUUAAUCAAUCGACGGCUGUGUAGCAAUAUCUAUCGUUUAAUAAUCAAUCAACAAAUCAUGUGCGACAGUAUGACACCUUAUCAUUUCGCUCAAACAGCGACAACAACAUUACCAACAUAUUUAGGACAUAACCAUAAUAGUCCACCACCACCACCACCCAUACCAUCAUCGCAACAUCAUCCACAUCCGCAUCCGCAUCAUCAUCAUCAUCAGAAUAAUCAUACACCCCCAUCACCAUUGCAUUCACAUCAUCAAUCUCAUCAUAAUCCUCAUAAUCAACCGCAACAUCAUUCACAAACAAUGUAUCAUCAUCCUAAUCAUCAUCCAAAUCAUCAUCUAAAUUCACAUCCAUUUUCAUCAAUCAAUGGUAUUGGUGGUGGUCCACAUCAUUCGCAUCAGCAACAACAACAUUUAAUGAUGAUGGAACAUCAUACGCAUCCUCAUCAUUCACAUACUAAUCAUUCACAUCCUCAUCCAACACAUUCACAUAAUCAUUCGCAUCAUCCACAUCAACAUUCGCAUCAUCAUAUUUUAACCGGAACAAAUCCAUAUGGUCAUAUUACAAAUGGUGAUUUAGCUAGUAUCGUAGUCCAACAACAACAACAACAACAACAUUCAAAUAUGCCAAUUUGUCUUGAUAAUAGUGGUCGAAAUAAUCAUGGUUUAUCAUCAUUGAAUCAAUCGCCACCAAUAACAUCGAAUCAACAACAAUUAUUAUAUCCAUUAUCAACAUCAACUACACCACCACCACCACCUACACAAAUACCCCCAUCUCAUACACCAAAUUCACAUCAAACAUCAUCACCAGUAUCCAUUCAUCAAUAUGGUAAUAAUGCUAGUGGUCAACCACCUUAUCCACGAUUUCCACCUUAUGAUCGUCUUACCGAACAACAACAAUCGCAACAACUAAACAAACAUCUACCUGAUCAAUCUACCAUUGUUUCAAAUCCAAAUUCAAAUAGUCAAUCAAAUGAUUCAACUAGUCCAUCAUUUUAUUCAAAUAAUAAUAAUACUUCAUCAUCAUCGACAACAGCAACAACAACAUCCAACAAUGUUGUUGUUAACCCUUCGGCAACAGCACCAACUUCCUGUUCAAAUAGUCAACAACAACAACAAAUUCCAUCAUUAGCUUCUACUGCACCUCCACCAUAUGAUUGCAGUGGGGGUGGUCGUAUUUCAAUAACACCACCAUCAUUAGAUGGUGGUGGUUCAAACGGUGGUUUUGGUAGCUGUAAAAUAUUAAGUGAUGGUAGUAUUACACCAUUAGAUCAACAAAAUAAUCAUUCACCAUCACCUAAUUCAUCAUUACAUCAUCAUCAACAACAACAACAACAAAUUUAUGGAAUUGAUAAUAAUAUUGGUUCAAUUGGACAUUUAGGUGGCCAACCAGUUUCACCUGGACAACAAUCACAACAAUCUGAAGUUCCAUCAUUAGUUUAUCCAUGGAUGCGAUCACAAUUUGAAAGAAAACGUGGACGACAAACAUAUACCAGAUAUCAAACAUUAGAAUUGGAAAAAGAAUUUCAUUUUAAUCGUUAUUUAACUCGAAGACGACGUAUUGAAAUUGCACAUUCAUUAUGUUUGACUGAACGACAGAUAAAAAUUUGGUUUCAAAAUCGUCGUAUGAAAUGGAAAAAAGAAAAUAAAACAAAAAUUGAUCAUCAAAAUCAACAAGGAAUACCGAUUGGUACUGGUGGUGGACCACCAGGUUCAAAUAAUGGUGGUAAUGGUGGAUCAUGUAUGGAUUUAAAUCAUCAUAUUGAUAUCGAUGGACAUCGAGGCUAAACUAACUUCAUCAU